AUGGAGAACUCAAAUAAUGCAAUUAAGACUCCAAUUUUUUCCCACAUUACUGCUGAAGAUCUGGAACAUGUAUAUGAGCCAUCAGAAGAUAGUUUCUUGCUCAUUGAUGCCUUGGAAAAAGAUUUAGAUCUUCUCCACAAACACAAACCAUUGUUGUGUUUGGAAGUUGGUUCAGGAUCAGGUGUUGUGAUAACAGCUUUGGGUACUGCUUUAGGAUCCCAGUGCUGUUAUAUGAGCACAGAUAUCAACCCCCGUGCAUGUCAUAUUACCAAAGAAACUGGAAGAUUAAAUGGUGUGAGUAUUCAGUCUGUAUGUACAGAUUUAGUGACUGGCAUAAUAGACAACACUAAAUGGCCUGUUGAUGUGUUGCUAUUCAAUCCUCCCUAUGUUGUCACUCCAUCAGAAGAGGUUGGUCAGGGAGACUUGGAAUACACCUGGGCAGGAGGUGAGCGUGGACGUGAGGUUAUAGAUAGACUUUUACCAAGUGUAGAUACCCUGUUAUCACCUGAAGGGGUAUUUUACUUAGUGGUACUAAAGGAAAAUGAUCCUGCUGAAAUUGAGCAGGUGAUGGCCAAAUUUGGAUUUACAUGUGCCUGUGUUUUAUCUCGCAGGACUGGUCCAGAGUACCUAUCUGUAUUAAGGUUUUCUCGUCGGAGAUGAGUAGAAACCUGUUAAUCAUUGCAAGUAGAGUGUAAAAUCUAAAUAAAAUUUCAGAUUUAA